UUUAAUAACAGGGCAGCUGCUGUCCCGUCUCUCCGUAUCGAUUUAUUUCGAAAGGCGAAAGUGCGGAACCCUUCGCACGCUGCUGCAGAUGGCGAAACCCUACGAUUCCAGCAGUUCCUCCGAGGGAACCCCAUCGAACGGCUCGAUCGCCUCCGAGGAGGAGGCCAGGAAUGGAGCGGAAGCCAACAUCGAGGAGGAGAUCGACGAGGAGGAACUCGAGGCUGUCGCCAGAACGGCUGGCCCCGACGACGACGAGGCUAAGGAUGACAGCGGCGAGGAGGACGCCGGGGAAGACGAGGACGAUGGCGAUGAGGAUGGAGAGGAGGAAAAUUCUGAAAUUGGGAAGCGUGAAAGAGCCAGAUUAAGAGAGAUGCAACGGAAGAAAAAGCAGAAGAUUCAAGAAAUGCUUAAUACACAAAAUGCUGCUAUUGAUGCUGACAUGAACAACAAGGGAAAAGGACGUUUGAAGUACUUGCUGCAACAGACUGAGAUCUUUGCUCAUUUUGCAAAGGGUGCCCAAUCUGCAUCAGAAAAGAAGCCAAGAGGAAGGGGGCGUCAUGCAUCUAAAAUAACAGAGGAAGAAGAAGAUGAAGAGUACCUUAAGGAGGAAGAGGAUGCUCUUUCAGGUGCCGGAGGGACCCGUUUGGUCACACAACCAUCUUGUAUACAAGGAAAAAUGAGAGAUUAUCAGCUUGCUGGAUUGAAUUGGCUAAUAAGAUUGUAUGAAAAUGGGAUUAAUGGAAUUCUAGCUGAUGAAAUGGGUCUUGGAAAGACAUUGCAAACCAUCUCUUUACUUGGCUAUUUGCAUGAAUUUAGAGGAAUAACCGGUCCUCACAUGGUGGUAGCACCAAAAUCUACUCUUGGCAACUGGAUGAGGGAAAUUCGGCGAUUCUGUCCUGUUCUGUCCCCUGUAAAAUUUCUUGGGGAUCCUGAAGAAAGAAGACAUAUUCGUGAAAAUUUGUUGGUGGCUGGGAAGUUUGAUGUGUGCGUAACUAGUUUUGAAAUGGCUAUCAAAGAAAAGAAUGCUUUAAGACGGUUUAGUUGGCGCUAUGUGAUCAUUGAUGAAGCUCAUCGGAUAAAGAAUGAAAAUUCCCUUCUUUCUAAAACAAUGAGACUUUAUAAUACUAAUUACCGCCUUCUUAUCACUGGAACACCACUUCAGAACAAUCUGCAUGAGCUUUGGGCUCUUCUUAAUUUUUUGCUUCCUGAGAUAUUUAGUUCUUCUGAAACUUUUGAUGAAUGGUUCCAAAUAUCUGGAGACAAUGAUCAACAAGAGGUUGUUCAACAACUUCACAAGGUUCUUCGCCCAUUUCUUCUGAGAAGAUUAAAAUCCGAUGUUGAAAAGGGUUUGCCACCAAAAAAAGAAACUAUACUCAAGGUAGGAAUGUCACAAAUGCAAAAGCAUUAUUACCGGGCUUUGCUACAAAAGGAUUUGGAGGUCAUUAAUGCUGGAGGGGAGCGCAAGCGUCUUUUGAACAUCGCUAUGCAAUUGCGAAAAUGUUGCAAUCAUCCAUAUCUAUUCCAAGGUGCAGAACCUGGACCACCUUAUACAACUGGAGAACAUCUUAUUACAAAUGCAGGAAAAAUGGUCCUGUUAGAUAAGCUGUUGCCUAAACUGAAGGAACGAGAUUCUAGAGUUCUAAUAUUUUCACAGAUGACUAGACUUCUGGACAUACUGGAAGAUUACUUGCUAUAUCGUGGUUACCAAUAUUGCCGGAUUGAUGGGAAUACUGGGGGAGAAGAACGGGAUGCUUCAAUUGAAACAUUUAAUCAACCUGGAAGCCAAAAGUUCAUUUUCUUGCUUUCUACAAGAGCUGGUGGAUUGGGAAUUAAUCUUGCUACUGCAGAUGUUGUCAUUCUCUAUGAUAGUGACUGGAAUCCACAAGUUGAUUUGCAAGCACAGGAUCGUGCUCAUAGAAUUGGGCAAAAGAAAGAAGUUCAAGUGUUCCGUUUCUGUACUGAGUUUGCAAUUGAGGAGAAAGUGAUAGAGAGAGCAUACAAGAAGCUUGCACUUGAUGCCUUGGUAAUUCAACAAGGACGAUUAGCAGAACAGAAAACUGUUAAUAAAGAUGAACUUCUACAAAUGGUUAGAUUUGGUGCUGAAAUGGUUUUUAGCUCCAAGGACAGUACAAUAACUGAUGAGGAUAUCGAUCGUAUCAUAGCUAAAGGAGAAGAAGCGACUGCUGAACUUGAUGUGAAAAUGAAAAAGUUUACAGAGGAUGCGAUAAAGUUUAAGAUGGAUGACACUGCUGACUUGUAUGAUUUUGAUGAUGAGAAGGAUGAUAACAAGGUUGAUUUCAAAAAAAUAGUUGCUGAUAACUGGGUUGAGCCAUCCAGGAGGGAAAGAAAACGAAAUUAUUCUGAUGCUGAUUAUUUCAAGCAAGCAAUGCGGCAAGGUGCUCCUACAAAAUCUAAAGAGCCACGCAUUCCCCGUAUGCCUCAAUUGCACGAUUUUCAGUUUUUCAACACUCAGAGGUUGAGUGAGUUGUAUGAGAAAGAAGUUCGAUAUCUCAUGCAAUCUCAUCAAAAGAAUCAGUUAAAAGAUACAAUAGCCGAUGAAGAGGAACCUGAAGAUUUAGGAGAUCCAUUGACUGCAGAGGAACAAGCAGAGAAGGACCAACUGCUUGAAGAGGGCUUUUCAUCUUGGACAAGGAAAGACUUCAAUGCUUUCACUCGAGCAUGCGAGAAGUAUGGCCGGAAUGAUAUAAAGAGUAUAGCAUCAGAAAUGGAGGGGAAAACAGAAGAAGAGGUGGAAAGAUAUGCCGAUGUCUUUAGACAGAGAUACAAAGAAUUAAAUGACUAUGAUCGCAUUAUUAAGAUCAUUGAGAGAGGUGAGGCAAGAAUCUCACGAAAGGAAGAGAUAAUGAGAGCAAUUGGCAAGAAGUUGGAUCGUUAUAAGAACCCUUGGUUGGAGCUGAAGAUUCAGUAUGGCCAAAAUAAAGGAAAACUGUAUAAUGAAGAAUGUGAUCGUUUCAUGUUGUGCAUGGUACACAAACUUGGUUAUGGCAACUGGGACGAGCUCAAGGCAGCAUUCCGUACCUCACCCUUGUUUCGGUUCGAUUGGUUUGUCAAGUCUCGAACGACUCAGGAACUUGCCAGACGCUGUGAUACCCUUAUACGUCUAGUGGAGAAAGAAAACCAAGAAUUCGAUGAGCGGGAAAGACAAGCACGGAAAGAUAAAAAGCUCUCUAGGACACCAACAAAGCGGUCGUCAUCAAAGGGUCCGACUAUGGAGACUCCUGCUCUGACUUCCUUCAAAAAGAGAAAACAAUCAUCCAUGGAUGACUACAUGAGCUCGGGGAGGCGGCGGCGAUGAGGCUGUUGGAAUCUUAUUUUGGAGCAUGAUGCAGCUGCAAACAUUUUGUCAAUGUGAGAAUGGCAUAUCGAUCAGCAGCUUAAGAUGGGUAGAAAACAUAUUUAUCCCCCAAGAAGAAAAACGAAAUAUGUAUGUUAAUUUGUAUCUUGGCACUUUCGUUCCUUUGCCUCUGCUGAGGCACGAACGUGAUGGCAUUCCACUAUUUUGCCAUCUAGUGGGUGUUGGAAUGCAUUUUUUUUAAAUUCAGAUAUUUAACUUUGUUAACCGAUUAAUCUUAGUGAUGGGUCCUGUUUCACGUAA